AUUCUGCCCCCGUAACUGACACCAGAGACCUCGAUAAAAUCCGGCAACAGAAAUGGCAGCGCCCGCACCAGUCUACUACCACCGCGCACGUCCACACCGGGGAACACACGCCACACCCGCUGCUGCCUCCCCGUCCGCGCAGGGCGGCGCCAAGAUGGAGGCCGGCGAAGCAGCGGGCGCCCUGCUCUUCGUCCUCGCCGUCGCGGCCGCCGUAGCAGCCGCCGCCGCCACCGGCGCCGUCAGCUUCACCUACCUGGCCUCGGUCGGCUCCGCCGGACCGUCACCCGCCUCCUCCAGCGGCGGGUGGCGGGGCGCGUGGGCGUGGGUGCGGUCCCGCGCGGUGGCGCCGGCGUUGCAGGCGGUGGUGUGGGCGUGCAUGGUGAUGUCGGUCAUGCUGGUGGUGGAGGCUACCUACAACUGCGCCGUCAGCGUCGGCGUCAAGCUCCUGGGAUGGAAGCCCGAGCGCCGGUUCAAGUGGGAGCCCCUCGCCGGCGACGGCGACGAGGAGAAGGGGGAUGCUGCAGCAGCUGCUGCUGCUGCUUACCCCAUGGUCAUGGUCCAGAUACCCAUGUACAAUGAGCUCGAGGUGUACAAGCUGUCGAUUGGAGCAGCGUGCGAGCUCAAGUGGCCAAAGGAGAGGUUGAUAGUUCAAGUGCUGGAUGAUUCCACGGAUCCCUCCAUCAAGAAUUUGGUGGAGAAGGAAUGUGAGAAUUGGUCAAGCAAAGGCGUAAAUGUCAAAUAUGCCACCAGAAUUGGCCACAAAGGGUUCAAAGCAGGAGCCUUGAAGAAGGGAAUGGAGUGGGACUAUGCCAAGCAAUGCGAAUAUAUCGCCUUGUUUGAUGCUGAUUACCAGCCAGAACCAGAUUUUCUCCUCAGAACUGUUCCCUUCCUCAUGCACAAUUCAAAUGUUGCCCUUGUUCAAGCUCGGUGGGUUUUCGUGAAUGACAGAGCAAGCCUUUUGACAAGGAUACAGAAGACAUUCCUGGAUUACCACUUCAAAGUUGAGCAGGAAGCAGGAUCAGCAACAUUUGCCUUCUUUAGUUUCAAUGGUACUGCUGGUGUAUGGCGUAGAGAAGCUAUCAAUGACGCGGGAGGUUGGAAGGAUCGGACUACGGUUGAAGACAUGGACUUGGCUGUCCGAGCGACCUUAAAGGGUUGGAAAUUUGUAUACGUAGGGGAUGUUAGAGUAAAGAGUGAGCUUCCAUCCACUUACGAAGCCUACUGCCGUCAGCAGUUCAGGUGGGCCUGUGGCAGCGCAAACUUGUUCCGGAAGAUGGCAUGGAAGGUCCUGGUUGCCAAGCAAGUAUCGCCCUUAAAGAAGUUCUACAUGAUCUACAGCUUCUUCCUGGUGCGACGAGUCGUCGCCCCCACUGUCGCCUUCAUUCUCUACAAUAUUAUCAUCCCUGUUUCCGUCAUGAUCCCAGAAGUCUUCCUACCAGUCUGGGGUGUCGCCUACAUUCCUACAGCACUCACCGUCGUCACCGCCAUAAGAAACCCAGAAAAUCUGCAUAUUAUGCCGUUGUGGAUUUUGUUCGAGAGUGUCAUGUCCAUGCAUCGCCUAAAAGCGGCAGUAGCCGGUCUGCUCGAGCUGCCAGAGUUUAACCAGUGGAUUGUGACGCAGAAAGUAGGGAACAAUGGCGGUGAGGAGAAUCGUGAGGUUCCGUUGCUUCAGAAAGCCAGAAAAGGGUUAAGAAACAGAGUCAACCUACCUGAAAUUGGAUUCUCGGUGUUCCUGUUCGCCUGUGCUUCCUACAACCUUGUCUUCCAUGGAAAGACCAGCUACUUCAUAAACCUCUAUCUGCAAGGACUAGCCUUUUUUCUUUUGGGGUUCAACUGCAUUGGCACCUCUUGUUGCUGCUUAUGAGCAAUCAGUGUAAUUGUUUCAGUUUUUUUUCUUUAUGUUGUAUUUGAUCUGUGAUUCUUCUCUCUUAUUUAAAUUUAUCCAGGAAACACUUGAGGUGUUGUCAAAUUACCUCAGGAAUGAUGCUGCUGACUAAAGUUUCAAAAAAAAAAAAAGAUGCUGCUGACUUGUGCUCUGUACAGUCACAACAAUAUAUGUAUACAAUAGUCACAUACAAGUCAAUAAAAACUUCACUUAAAAGUA